CGGGGCGUGCCGGGCGAGUGCAAGCAGUCGCAGCGCAACGCGGCCAACGCCCGCGAGCGGGCCCGCAUGCGGGUGCUGAGCAAGGCGUUCUCCCGCCUCAAGACCAGCCUGCCCUGGGUGCCGCCCGACACCAAGCUCUCCAAGCUGGACACGCUGCGCCUGGCCUCCAGCUACAUCGCCCACCUCCGGCAGCUGCUGCAGGAGGAUCGCUACGAGAACGGCUACGUGCACCCUGUCAACCUGACUUGGCCAUUCGUGGUUUCAGGAAGACCAGAAUCUGACACCAAAGAUAUUUCAACAGCCAACAGAUUAUGUGGAACUACAGCUUAGCUGAAGUAAAGCUAAUUUUUUUGCUGGAUAUUUUUAAGAGCAAUGAUUUAUGAGCACAAAACUAAAGGAUAGGAUGGCGACUAGACACUAUCUGUAACAAACUGUGUGAAAUCUCUGUACCCUAUCCCUUCUUUCCCCUUAGAGUUCUGAGGGGAAAUGCACUUAAAGGGAAGUAAUAAAGAAGGGAGGAGGUAAGAUGGGAAUUUCUCUGAACUGGCUGGCUGCAGCAGCUGAAGUCCAGGAUUUGGAAAGGCCUUUCUUUUGCUGCAUCACUACUACCACUGCCUGAGUAGCUGUUGACCUGAGGCUUUUACAGUAAUGGAAGAGGAAUAUAAGAUUAUAGAAGUAAAAGCAUGGACCAUAAUCCGACUCUACAAACUAAUCCCAAACAGUGUUAUUUGUAUUCCAAAGCAGUAUUCUAGAGUAGUUUUGAAAUUCAAAUAGAUUUAUAAUAUAUUUCGAUGGCUUUUGUAUUCAUGAAUCCUAUUUUGUGCAUCUAUGCAAUAAAUAUAGUCAUAUUACUUUUGUCCUUUUUAACUAGAUUUUUCUUAAAAAGACACCAAUAGUAGCAUAAGCGAGUUAGUUUAUAGCCCUUGAAAUUAGGUUACUGCCCUUCUUUAUGUGUUAAGGUGUCAUAUACAAGAGCAGCAACUAUCCUAAGACACGUUAAUAGAUAGGACAAAGUUCCCGUGUCUUAACCUGGAAGGGAUCCUACCUACUGUAAAACUGGGAUACAUGUGUUGUAAGGAAUGUAUUUGUAUCAAGCUAUAAAAGGUCAAGAAGUUUUAAAUAUUUUAAACAGUCUGUCCUGUCAUUAUGCUCAUCUAUGAAGGAUGUUAACCCUAUUGUGUAUUCUAAUGACAUUUCUUUAUCUAGUAAAGUACUAUAAUGCGGAUGCCAUCAAAUGAGUUGCAAAUGUAAAUAUCUUUAUUUUUUUAUAAAUGACAUUAAAAGCUUUGUUACAACAAUUUGCUGACUUGGUGGUGCUAUGAUAGUUUCUAGCUGUGUUAAAGUAAUCGUAUGUCGAGUUUAGCCACUAGAGUUGUGUCCUUGUAGCACUACAGUGUGUAGAUGCUUCCUACAUUGACAGAAAGG